UCCGACUCCAAUCGAUAGUGCAAUCGUCAGUUCAGACAACAGCCUGUUGGGCCCUCCUGGGUUCCCGAUUAUAAUCGCCAAAUAGAAUUUAGAAGAAGGUUUUUUGCGUGUCGUUGUGAAGUAAAACAUUCAAGGUGUCGGUGUCCAGCAGCGUACUGCCUGGUGCGAUCACGAUGAAGAUGCUGGCUCCACAGGACGGGCCUGACAUCACUCCCGUUGACUCCUCUGGCGAAUGGCAUGGAGCCACGUUUUGGGUGGUGGUGUGCGGAGCUGCAGCACUUGUGUUGACAGCGCUGGCCGCGCUUGCUUGCUGGAUUGCUCGUCGCAGAAAUUCGCUCGCCCACAAACUUGGAGGCAAGCGCGGUCCGGACAAGGCGCUGGUGUUUCAACCGCCGCGACGAGCCACCGCGGUCCGGUCGCCCGGCUCCGCCACGCAUUAUUUGCGUAAAUCACCGUCACCGACCGCGCCUGUACCUCCUGCCGCCACUUCACCGCCGCAACCACAACCCCCGCCGCAAAAUCCGAGUUCCGGUAACAACAGUCCACACACACCCACCGCACCUACGGAGCCCACACCCCUCAGCAAGGAGCUAGCUGAUGCCAACGCUACAGAGAAAACCAAGCCAAUUGAACCCGAGAACAAUGACGGCAAACUUGGGGAUCUGCACUUCAAAUUGAGGUACGAAAACGAGAAGAAUGCGCUGGUGGUUUCGGUGGUGUCAUGCCAGGGUCUACCUGGUCGCGAGCCCGCCGGUCCAGAUCCGUACGUCAAGCUCCAGCUCUUGCCGGAUAAGCAGCAUAAAGUCAAGACCAGAGUGGUGCGCAAAACUCGCUGCCCUGUGUACGACGAGGAUUUCACGUUUUAUGGACUGGCUCCUUACCAACUCACCGCGAUCACACUCCAUUUCGUGGUCCUCAGCUUUGACAGAUAUUCCCGAGAUGAGAUAAUCGGCGAGGUGGUGGCGCCACUGUCCAGUUUGCAACUGCAGAGCGGAGAAGCAAUGGCGCUGUGUCGCGAGAUACAACCACGCAGUCUGAAGAUGCGCAGUGUGGGCCGCGGCGAGGUGCUGGUGUCGCUGUGCUGGCAGCCGGCAGCCGCGCGUCUCACCGUCGUGCUGCUGAAAGCACGCAACCUGCCCAAGAUGGACGUCACCGGACUCGCUGACCCAUACGUAAAGAUGUACUUGCUGUACAACGGGCAGCGCAUAGCCAAGAAGAAGACCCACGUGAAGAAGCGGACGCUGAACCCGGUGUUCAACGAGUCGUUCGUGUUCGAGGUGCCCGCCGCGCCCAACGCCACCCUCGACCAUGUCUCCCUGGAACUGCUUGUGCUCGACUGGGACAGAGUCACUAAGAACGAGGUGAUCGGGCGGCUGGAGCUGGGCGCGGAGGGCGCGGGCAGCGCGCGCCACCACUGGCGCGAGGUGCAGGCGGCGCCGCGCCGGCAGAUCGCCGACUGGCACAAGCUCAAGGAGUGAGCCGCCCCACCCGCAACCCCUCCGCGGUCACGUGACACGCGCUCACCUACUUAUGUUGCUGAAUGUCCACUGCGGCCAAUACUGUAACGUGAUUGUCUUGUUUUUAAUUUAUUAUUGGUUUGAUACUACUUAAUUUCAGAUAGAGAAGUAUGUUUGAUUAAUAUUGAUCAAUC